UGUUCCCUGUUAAAUGGUCCCUGUGGAUGGAGAGGAGUGGUGCUAACUAUAUUUGCAGCUUCGUGAGAACUUUCCCGCCGCUUUCUGCGUGACUCGGUGCAAGGUUAUGGUUUUUAAUAAUUUUGCCCCGGUUCUGGGGUAUUAUGAUGUUCGUUGACGGGUAUAUUAGUGGGAUGGUCUGGUUUAGUGUAUAUAUAACCGGAUUCAAUUCCAUACUUGCCAUGCGCUCGUGCUACCAAGGCGUUUCUCGUGAGAUGCUACGAAGAUAUACCGAUAUACCACUAGAAGACCAUUCCCAAUAAUAUUUGGUAGAACGAAAUCCAUUUCAUAUGUAUGCCAGUCCUAGUGAAUAUCCACUAAGGAGCACGGAAAUAAUCCAAGGAAAGAAGCGAUGCUGUAUACAGUAUACUGUUCCGCGACAUCGGCUUCGAGCAUGGGAGGAUCCCAAGAAGAACACGAAAUAUGAAAUAUAUCUUUUGCAUCAAUUAUCUCUUCAAAUGCACAUUCACUCAGCUAAUCCAUUGGAUUUGAGUAUGGCAAGUAUAGACGUGAUGGUUGCUUGCAAAUGUUUUGGCAGCGGUUCCCCAUGGGGUGACCCAUGUAGGAAAGCCCUCACCCGUGACUUCUUUCUCUGUAUUCACUCUCCCACCCACACUCUCCCCCUCUCUUCCCCUCCUCCCAAAUCCACGCAAGCAACACAUCCUCUUCCAAUCCAUCUCUUACUCUUCUGCAUCUCAUUUCUUCAUUUUCGCAUCAGCAAAUCAUCUUAUGAGCAUCAUCUUCUUCACAAGUUAAUCGACAGCCAGGGCUCUGGUGUGGGAGUCUCGGACAGGCAUAUUCUACGCUCAGAGCAACAAAGGUCUUUGGCAACGCGUCAAAGACCAUCAACGACCUUGUCUGUCUGUUGGCUUUUCUGCCAAAGAGACUUUGUUGAGGGUUCAUUGUCCCCAGGUCUUGAUUUAAGGGAAACAGCUUCUGGUUGCUCUUCUCCGUCAACCUUUUUCCUUCCUCAGCGUUUCUUGGGAUACUGUUGACGACUGCGUGUUUUGACGCGUCUAUCUCAGGUCUGGAAGUCUCAACGAGAUUCUAGGCUGGAAAUUGAGUGGUAUGGUCCUUGUCUCUUGUCUCUCACGGGUUGAAUCCAUCUAACACUGACUGGUCGAAUGGCAGGAUUCCACGAGUUUCGUUCCGGAAACCCCUCUUCUUCGCGAUAAAUAUAACCCUAUCUUGGAUCUUGUACCCGCCGUUUUCUGAUCUACCGUCUCCAAGGUCAUUCAAGAUGGUGACCUACUCUAUCGAUGGUGCCAUGGCUGAGGCCUUGGGCCAUCUCAACCGCAUCGCCUG